GUGUCGUCCAUGUUUGUAUACAUAAUAAUAUCAACAGCAGUGAGUCAGUCAGUCCUACACCCACCCAUGUCAUGUCAUGUCAUGUCUGUACAAACAAACAAGGCUGCAAUGAAUGAUUGCAAUGAAUUAGUCAGUCAGUCCAUAUAUUCUCUCUCUCUCUCUCUACAGCCUUGCCCUGGGCUGCGGCUGCGCCAGUGCCGAGAAGGCAUGCACCACUGCCCGCGACAUGACGCGCAGCUGCUCCUCACUCACAUGACGAUGCACUGGCAAAUACAACACCUGCAACACACAUGACACACACAAGCCCUCACACACACACACACACACACACUUGUGGUGCUCGACCCACACGCAGACGCCCACCUGUUUCAUCAGUGCAUCGGCAUUGGUGGGCCUGGGAUAGCUGCCCGUAGCGGGUGGGUGUAUGAGUGUCAGCUGAGUGCUGCCGAGCGAAGCGAACACGCCGUACGCCUCGAGGGCCCUCUCCAUGCGCUUGGGGUGCACAUGUGGUGGGCAUAUGAUGGGAUACAGCCAGAAGUUGACCGUGUGGGCUGCGCUCCCCGGCACACCAAUCCCGUGACUCUCUAGCCCUCGUGUAAACACCUGAGACACAAGCCAAGCGACAGGAAUGAAUGGAUGCGUCUGUGUGUCUGUCUGUCUGAGACAUGAACGAACGAGUGUGGGAAGGCAGGCCUACACGCAGUUUGUUCAUGUCGUUGUCGAAUGCCGUCGGAUCCCAGUACUGCAGCCGAUACUUGAGGGCUCGUAGCAGACCGAGGCAGGGGCGGAGGCGAAACCUGAACAGCAAAGCGAAACCUGCCUGUCGGGCUGGACAUCUGUCGUGCCUCGCUCACUGCUGCAGCCGGUCCAUCUCCCCGCCAGCCUUGAAGUUGCGCAACUGAAGAAGGGUAAGUAGGCAGAAUGGAUGGAUGGAUGAGCGGACACGUCUGGCGUGACUGACCAAAGACUAACCAGAUCAAUGAAGAGCGGCCGAUGGUCCAAUCCGAGCGCCCUCACAAGGGACAGGAGCAACCUGCUCCCGUUGGGCUUCUGCAGCACCAGGAUGACGAGCACCAAAAGCACCUUACGCCGGUACCUGACGGUGGACUGCACCGGCCACUCCAUCCGCAGCUGACGAGCCCCCUGGGCGACAUCUGGGUCGCGGAAUCGCACCAGGGCACCCCCGAGGGCUGUUUGUGUCUUGAUGGUGCCGAAGGAGAAGAGGGCGACGUCGCUGCGGGGGUGCCCGGUGUACUCGGUGCCGGCGAAUGCCUCGGCGCAAUCCUCAAUCAGACACAGCCUGUAUGUAUCAAGAGGGAAGGGAGAGAGGCACAUGACAUCAGGCCUGCCUGUACUUGCUUGUCUGCACGUCGUUUACCUACCUGUGUUUGUCUGCGAUAUCAGCGAAUGGGUCUACCGGGUUGAAGCGGCCGUAGAUGUGCGUCACGAACAGGGCCCACGUCUGCACCGACGGACGGCAUCACAUCACAUCACAUCAGAUACGGGCCAGUUGAAUCAAAUCAAUGAUUUAUUCUGUGUCAGCCAUCAGUCAUUCCAUCUCACUCACCCUGGGAGAUAUGGCUGCUUCGACAGCCUGCGGCGUCAUCUGUGCCGUCCGCACAUCCAAGUCAAUCGGCACAGGAACACAACCAUGAUACCUACACAGACACACAGACACACAGACCACAUGCGCCAUUGAACAAAACAUCUACCUUUUCGCCUCCCACCGGCCCGCCCGGCCCACCUGAGUAUCCUGGCGAUGUCGGGUAUACUCACAGCGCUUAUCAACACUUCGUUGCGAUCCACAUACGGCCCCCCGACUGCUAUCCCGCUAUCCUCGGUUGGCCUCCUGCCCCGCAUGGCGGUGAGGAAGAGGUCCAGCCCGGCACGCGCAGAGUGACACACCACACCACUGAAUGAUUGACGAGAGGGUAAAGGAGGAGAGGCAGCUGGAGGGCCGACGGCCGCCGCUACAGGCACGUCAGGCGGGUCGCUGCGGCUGCGGGCUUGGCCCAGCCAAAGAUCCACGACCUGCAGCACACACACACACACACAUACACACAUACACACUAAAGCCAUACGUGGUUCUGUGCCAGCAUUCCCCGUGCAUUCUCCUUACCUCCUGCUCCACCCGCGCAGCCUCCUUUUCUGAGCCCCAGCUCCCCGAAGGCAGUGUGCGGUGCAGUAUGCAGAGGGCGCUGGGGAUGGACAGAUCUACCGACAGGGGAUGAGUCGGCACCAGCCGAUAGCCCGAUAAAAUAAAAUAAAAAUGCUCCAGCGACUCGAUGUCCUCUGCCGACGAAGCAGGCGCAUCUCCGUCAGAAGGAUGAUUAUGUGCCGAGUCUGCGGCUGCGUCGUCGCCCGUUGAUGGCAGCAUUUGGUGGGAAGAGAGAGAUGCCUCAAAACUCCAUGCCAAGCGCCAUGCUCACGGGGAAAGGCUGCAGUGCCUCAAGGUUCCAACUCUGUAAUUGCAGCCUGCACCUGCAUAGUGAGUAGAGUGGGUGGGCUGGCUUCGUU